GUCCCGUCCCGCUCCGCUCCGCUCCGCUCCGCUCCGCUCCGCCCCUCCCCUCAUCCCUUCCUCCGGCCGCGCCUGCCCGCUGGAGCCUCUCCUGGACAGGUGCAGAGGGAGCGCUGAGCUGGCCCUGGCGGCGGCCGGGGCUGUGCGGCGAGGAGGUAGAUUGAAAUUGAACCAGAAUGGCUGCUGUUACCUCAGAUAAUCCUCCAAACCCAAGCUGCAAAAUCAUGACUUUUAGGCCUUCAAUGGAUGAAUUCAGGGAAUUCAACAAAUACUUAGCACACAUGGAAUCACAAGGUGCUCAUAGGGCUGGAGUUGCAAAGGUUAUCCCACCAAAGGAAUGGAAGCCGAGAAAACAUUAUGAUGAUAUUGAAGAUUUGGUGAUUCCUGCUCCAAUUCAACAGAUGGUCACUGGCCAGUCUGGACUUUUCACACAAUACAAUAUUCAGAAAAAGCCCAUGACAGUGAAGGAGUUCAAGGAUCUAGCCAACAGCGACAAAUACCGCACUCCAAGAUAUGUAGACUAUGAAGAUCUGGAGCGUAAAUACUGGAAGAACUUGACUUUUGUGGCACCAAUUUAUGGAGCAGAUAUCAAUGGGAGCAUUUAUGAUGAAGGUAUUGAGGAAUGGAAUAUUGCUCAUCUUAAUACAAUAUUGGAUGUUGUUGGAGAAGAGUGUGGAAUUUCUAUUGAGGGUGUAAAUACACCAUAUCUUUACUUUGGCAUGUGGAAAACAACGUUUGCAUGGCACACUGAAGACAUGGAUCUUUACAGUAUUAAUUAUCUCCAUUUUGGGGAGCCAAAGUCAUGGUAUGCUAUUCCUCCAGAGCAUGGGAAACGGCUUGAAAGACUAGCUCAAGGGUUCUUUCCGAGCAGCUCUCAAGGAUGUGAUGCUUUUCUUCGCCACAAGAUGACUCUGAUUUCUCCCUCAAUAUUGAAAAAGUAUGGAAUUCCUUUUGACAAGGUUACCCAAGAGGCAGGAGAGUUUAUGAUCACUUUCCCAUAUGGAUACCAUGCAGGGUUUAACCAUGGAUUUAAUUGUGCAGAGUCAACAAACUUUGCCACUGUUCGAUGGAUCGAUUAUGGAAAAGCAGCAAAAUUGUGCACUUGUAGGAGAGACAUGGUGUCAAUAUCCAUGGAUGUCUUUGUGAGGAAGUUUCAACCAGAGAGAUACCAGCUGUGGAAACAGGGCAAGGAUUUAUAUACCAUUGAUCAUACAAAACCAACUCCUGAAUCAACACCUGAAGUGAAGAUCUGGCUACAGAGAAGAAGGCAAAUACAGAACUUUCCCAAGAGCUUCCAGCACACCAGAUCUCGAUCUAAAAAGCUUAAAACUCCAGAGGACAAGAGAGUAUCUGCUAUGGUAGCUGAUGCAAAAAUCAUAGUGACUGAAGCAGCUGCUGAUGGCUUCAAGGUCAAUGAAGAACCAGAAAAAAAAGUGAGAGGGGUAAACACAGGAUUGCCUUCUGGGGAAGAAGAAAACAGUAGUAGAAUGCAUCUGGAUCAGCAUUUAUUGGAUCAUGCCAGUGUUUCAGGAAGCGUCCCUUCUGACUCAAUUUUGAACCCUGUUCCUGUACUUGAGAAAUCAAAAAUGGAGGAUGAGGACAGGAUAGAUUCCAGUCAUUCUUCCUUUAUUCUUGAAGAUUCUGUGGCUAGCAAGACUGCUUCUGAUAGAUGUAGAAAAGAAGACAGUUUUAAAUCUCAGAAUCAAUAUGCUUCAUCCAUACCAUACCAUAAAACAGAGGGACAAACUUCUGAAGCAGAAAAUCUGGAUAGAGAGGAAAGUGUCUCGACAGAGGAUGGUAUCAGCAACCUACUAAGUUCUGGAAGUAGUUUGGAACAUGGAGAAAUGCCCAUUGUAAAAAAGGGUGAAGAAGACAGAAUGGAAAUAUCUUGUUCAGAGGAAGUUGAAACAAAGAAAAUAUCUAAGAGUUGGCGUCAUCCGCUACAUAAACCCCCAGCUAGAUCUCCAAUGACUUUGGUUAAACAGCAAGCAACUAGUGAUGAAGAACUGCCUGAAACUACCCUAAUUGAGGAGAAAGUUCAAGAGUCAGAGGCAUGGGCCAAGCCUCUGGUCUACCUGUGGCAGACAAGACUACCCAAUUUCAAUGCUGAAAAAGAAUACAAUGCAGCUUGUGCAAAAAAGGAACCUCACUGUGCCGUUUGCACUCUUCUCAUGCCAUACUACAGGCCAGACAAUCAGGAUGAAGAAAGUCCUACUUUCAGCGAAGCAAACUCAGCAGAAACAUUGACAGCAGAAAGUGUGAAGACUAAGCCUCUUAUUCCAGAGAUGUGUUUUAUUUAUAGUGAAGAAAACACUGAAAACUAUCCAUCAAAUGCCUUUGUUGAAGAAGAUGGAACAAGUCUUCUGAUUUCAUGUGGAAAGUGUUGUGUACGGGUUCAUGCAAGUUGCUAUGGUGUUCCUUCUCAUGAAAUCCAUAAUGAGUGGUUGUGUUCUCGAUGCAGAAAAGAAGCCUGGACAGCUGAAUGUUGUCUCUGCAAUUUGAGAGGUGGUGCAUUGAAGCAGACUACUGACAAAAAGUGGGCACAUGUAAUAUGUGCAAUUGCCAUCCCAGAAGUCAGAUUUGGUAAUGUCACAGAACGUACUCCGAUAGACACUAGCAGAAUACCCUUGCAAAGAUUAAAAUUGUGACAGGACCCAAGGGAAUGGCAUCAAGCUGGCUGGAUAGUAGGAGAAGAUUCUUCACCCAGUGAGUGGUUCGGCACUGGAACCACUCCCCACGGAAGAGGUUACAGCACCAGCCUGACAGAGCUCAGAAAGUGUUUGGACAAUGUACUCAGGCGCAUGGAGUUAUUCUUGGUGCAGUAUCCUGCAUAGGGCCAGGAGCUGAACUGAAUGAUCCUGAAAGGUCCCUUCCAACUCAGAAUAUUCUCUGAUUCUAUGAUAUAUUUUUGACUUAGUAAGAAAAAUAAGAUUUGCUGAUAAUUCUGUUUUCCAAAUAAAGCAUUUAGCUUGAAGCAAACCAGCAUUUUAAUAAUGGUCACAGAACUGUGUUUCACACUCAAUUACUACUGUGUAGUCCAUGGACUUGUGUUAUUUGUACAGUCUUACCAAUUUUACAUAAUUGUUAAUUGUUUAUAUUUGAAAAGUAACCCCAAAAUUAGAAGGAAAAGUAGCAGGAAAAAAUAGUUUCAAAUAAGAAAGAGAAAACAUGCCAUUAAAAAAACCCCACAGAACAUAUAUCAAUACUGGUGUUACUGGAAAUAUUGCCAAUUAUCACAGAGCAUUUACAUUCAAAAUGCUAUAUAAAGUAUAUUUUGUAACAUUGUUCUGUGAGCAUUAUCACGAUUUUUCUUUGAAAGUUAUUUUGAAGGAAUAUUUUUUUAUAAUAAUUUGACUCUCAUCAGCUAGGAAUAACCUUUUCAAAUUUUGACCUCAAGAGAGAUCCAUUUCUUAGUUUUCAGGCAUCUUUAUGAUGACUAUACCAGACAUGCCACCCUGGAAGCUCAAAAUACUAAAAAGCUAUUUUGAUGUGAAAAAGAUGCUAAAAGACCUUUGCCACAAUUAUAUUUCUUCUAUAAAGUGUAAAAGCUUGGAUGAGCACUAUCAUUAAAAAUUCCAUAUAUUGAAGAAUAAAGUUUAGAUGUUCUCUAAGAAAGGCUUCAUUGCUGUGUCCUGGGGGGAAGGCAUAGUGGGAAAGUUACUAAUUUAAAUGUCUAUAAAUUUCUGAUACUGUUGGUAUUAUAGCACAGCUAAGUACUUCAGCCAAAAUGACAUAAGGGCAGCAGAAAACCUCAUGCCACAGAAGUCUUGCAGAACCAAGUUACCAUGACUCCCAUAAUGCUGAUGCUCACAGCUGGAUCAUGGAGUAUACAAGUUCUUAGUCAAUUCCUGAGUAUAUAGCAUAAAUGUAACAUUUGAAUGUUGCCUGUCCAUGUUUUUAUAGCUUUUCAAGAUGAAUGUUUUCAAUAUUGAAUUUCAGUCACUUCAUUUCAAAGUGGUUUUUUUCAUGAUUUUCAAUAGCAUCAUUUUGCUAUAAUCUGUAUUUUAUCCAUGGCACCUUUUUGUUUAUUUUGGGGUUUUUUUUUCAGAGUUGCUCAUUCCCUGAUUCUUUAUGAACAUAGUAAAAAUGUACUACCUAAAACCUAUAGGCACCCUGAUCUUUGAAACAAUAGCAUUUAGCACUUCAGAGAUCGUGAACCCCUUUACAUAUGGUUUAUAUUCCAUUCACGUGCUUACUCAAUUUUUAUUGUGCUGUUAUUCCUUACAGUUGCUACUGAGUUUUUUUUCAAAACUAUCCAUAAAGAAAUUCUUCCUUUAAGAUGCUUUUGAAUUUGAUAUUUAUGAUAAGAAAAUAAAAAGGUAGAUUGUUUUCUGAAGCCAUCAAAUACAUCCAAUCCUUUAAAAAGAGAUUAUAAAUUUUAAUGCAUACAUUUUGCGUUUUUUUUAUCACAGUGUUAUUGACAGUAUUGCUAUUUUCUAGUUCUGUUACAGAGUGCUAAUUAGGAACUUAGGCAUGAAAUCAAAAACACUAGUUAUCACUAGUAAUAAAAAUGAUCCUAUUUAAUAAAUCUGAGAUCUCUUAAGGCACAUGUAUUUCAUGUCCUAUGAGGUGCUACAAUGGCAUGAUUUUAGAAUGGAAUUAAGAUAUUGUUUUUAAAGAUAGGAUUAUGGGAAAAUUUGAUUUCCUUAAUAAUUGUCUUCUAUAUAAUCUAAACACAUUUCAUAUCUUUUAUAAUGAUAAAGCAGAAAAAAUAGUUUUAGCAUAUUGCACCCACCGAUUCUUAGAAACAGGGUUGCUGCUAUCUCACAUCCAAACAUGAAAAAUAAAGUUAUGGGGGGCACAGUGGUAUAAAAGUCUGCUUUCCUGAAAUUCAUGCUACAAAUCAUGAGCGCUUUAAAUAAAUGAAGAGCCCGUUUUGAAUAACCUUGCUUCUCAAACUGCAGUACAUUGAAAUAGCGGAAUAAUUUGGAUUAUACCAGAGAUCUCUUAUGUGAGUAUUGUCUUAUGUUGUGUCUAAUACUUAAUGCUUCUCUCAAGAUGUAACUUACCGUAGGUGUAUCUUUCUUAUUUGGAGGGAAGAAAAAGAGAAAGAGAAGAAUAUGUGUGAAAGCAGGAAGGGAGUCGUGAUGUAAUAGCUUGGGAAAUAGGGUGGGAAAUAAGCAGUAACUAAACUGAACAUCUUUACAAUUAUUUCCCCUGUAACUCUGCCCCAGCCACGGAGAGGUGUAGUUUCUUGGUCCUUUCUUCCUCAGGUGGUAAACCUGAGGUAUUAUCUUGGUUUGCUGUGUGUGUGCUUGCUGGAGGGAGGAGAUGUACUGUCGGUAGCAGAAGUGAAGUGUGUACAGCCCUCAAACGCAACUUAGAAACUGACUCUCUGAGUUGUAGAACUGGGACGAUGAUUCCCUACCUUUGCCAGAUAUCUGACCUGGUUUUGCCUGACCAAGCUACAUGCUGCAGCAAAUCAACAGGUAGGAGUAAUUUAAUACUUUCUCCUUACUGUUACACUGGGAAGUUAUGAAAAGAUAAGAGCCUUCUUCUUUCAAUCACUGCUUCUUGAAGUGCUCCUUGAAUGAUGCAUUUCUUUGUUUGUAUUGGUAUGAUUAUGUAGCUAUUAGGUAUGUGGGUGGACUUGUUGAUUGCCUCUGAUUUCUAAGACAUUUGUUUUUGCAAAGCAAAACUGAGAGUUUUUUAGAUUACUGCUUGUAAUUUCUUUAGGUGUUAAUUGCUUUAGCUGAAAAUAAUUGCCUGUAAUGUUAGUCGCAAAUAAAUCUGUGUUCUUUCAUUGUUCUAUAUCUGUCCUAAUUUCAGCUGGAGCAGAGUUCAUUUUCUUUUUAGUAGCUGAUGCAGUGCUGUGUUUUGGAUUUAGUGUGAACAUAAUGUCGAUAGGAUUUUUUAGUGUCCCAUAGGAGUUGAGGAAGUGCACAAGAAGCUGUGGGGCAGCAUGGCCAGGACUGGUGACCUGAGGUGGCCAAAGGGCUAUUAAUACCUUAGAAUGUCAUGUCCACUAUAUAUAUAAACUGGGAGAGUUAUCUGGAACAGGGGCUGACCACUGUUUGGGGACAGGCUGAGCAUCAGUUAGUGGUCGGUGAGAAACUGUUUGUUCAUAACUUGUUUUUCUUGAGUUUUGUAUUUCUCUAUCUCUCCUUUUCAUAACCACUUUUAUUAUUGUUGUUAUUAUUAUCAUUAGUAUUAUUAGUAUCACUGUAUUUUACUUUGUUUCAGUUAUUAAAUGUUCUUAUCUGAA